CGCCAUGGAAACAACCCACUUUCCAACGAUGCCCGGUGGUUGUCAGCCAACUGCAGCUUCCUGUGCAUUUUCUACAGCCUCUCCUCUGGUCAUCACGGAGGUGUGCCAGGCAAGAGUUGGGGGAUAAGAGAGGCAAUCAUAGCACCCAGGUUAGUGAGACAUCCACUGGUUUGCUGCGUUUGUGGGAGUCACUCUAUUUCCACACAAGAACAACUGCAGUGCUAGGCAGUCCACAGGAAUCCCUUUGAACUCCAGCCCAACCAUCAAUUGUGAGAUUGAAGACCAUUAGACCUAGUGCUGCCUUCUCCUGUGGGGAGAGUGACAGAGAGCAAGGUUUUGACCUCUUUAUGAGAAUGGCCCUUCAAGUGCCUGAAGGUUGUUCUCCUGCCUCUCCUCCCCAAGUCUAUAGCAGACUAAACAAAGCCAGUUUCCUCAACCUUUUCUAAUAGGUUUUGCACAUCUUUGACCAACUUUCUUCUCCUUUUCUGAAUCUGCUUCAGUUUCUCUGUUACAACCCUACCUAAAGUGUGGUGGUGCUUACAACCAAGCCCGGUCCUCCAAAUUAUGUCUGAAUAGUUCAGAAUAAAAUGGAACUGUGAAACAGAAACUGCUUCUGCUGCUAGAGCUGGAGCUCCACUUUGCCUGUUUCCCCCAUUCCAUUACACGGUUGAUUAGGGACCGGGGGUGUGGGGGUGUGGGCGGCAUUGUGGUCUAAACCACUGAACCUCUUGGGCUUGCCAAUCAGAAGGUCGGUGGUUCAAAUCCCCAAUUCCAAUAAAGGGGGGGGGGGAAUGCAUUUUGCCAAACCCAUCUUUUAAAAAGCUGUGCAUGAAUCCACAGCGUAAAAAAGGUAAAAAGGUAAAGGACCCCUGGACGGUUAAGUCCAGUUAAAGGCGACUCUGGGGUUGCAGCGCUCAACUUGCUUCAGGCCGAGGGAGCCAGCAUUCGUCUGCAGACAGCUUUCCGGGUCAUGUGGCCAGCAGGACUAAACCGCUUCUGGUGCAACAGGACACCGUGACAGAAACCAGAGUGCACGGAAACGUCAUUUACCUUCCUGCCACAGCGAUACCUAUUUAUCUACUUGCACUGGCAUGCUUUCAAACUGCUAGGUUGUCAGGAUCUGGGACAGAGCAACAGGAGCUCACCCCGUCGCGGGGAUUCGAACUGCCGACCUUCUGAUCAGCAAGCCCAAGAGGCUCAGUGGUUUAGAUUUCCAUAUAGUUAACUCAUAUGGUUCAGAAGAAUAUUCUCUGCUGAAAAAUUUAGGUUUUUUUCUGAAGUCAUAUUUAUAAAAUCCAGCACUUUCUCCCAAAAUUAAGUAUAGAACACUGUAUAAACAUAUGUUUCAGGGAGGCAUGGUCCUUAACACAUCUCCAGCAUAAAGCAAUCUUAGCAAAUAAUUUUUUAUACAGAUGUAAAGGAGUCCAAUAGAUUCUAAAUAUUAUUUUCUGCUGUAUAAAUCUUAAGUUAAGAUCCAUUGAUACCAUGGGUAUAGCAGCUAAAAUACUUUCCCAUUGUCUAGGUAACAUUGAAAUUUCUAAUUCUUUAUUUCAUUCAUUUCUUAAGAUCUGGAUAUCAAACUUAUUUAUGGUUAGUAAGUCUCUAUAAAAAGUAAUUGCAGGCUUUUUUUGUUUCAAGUGAAUUACUCAAUUGCUUGGUAUCACAGGUGUCUCAGAAAUUGAGAAAGUUGUGGCCCAAACAGACUUGUUAGGAGAUGUUGUACCUGAAAGUACUGCCACUGAGCCCCAUCUUAAAACAGCAAAAGUAUAAAACUCAUGUUCCUCAUCUAUCAGUUGGUCCAGAGGUAAUAUACCUGCUUCCAUCCAGUUUUUCCAUAUUACCAUCUUUUUAUCAAUUUUUAAUAUAAGGUUUCCCUACAACGUGAGUUUGGCAUGCGAGUAUGGAUCAAAUUGAUUUGUAUCAUCAAUCUCCUUUAUUGGCAUUUAAAAGUGCCAGAUUAACCUGGCGGUGCAGUUCAGCUUUUGAUAUUGCUUUCAUUGUGGAGCAAAGGAGCCAACUUCUAGGGGCCAAGGUCCCUUCAGCUCACCGUAAAAUAUUUUAGGGAGCCGAUCCCCCAAAGUUGAUGGACAUUGUCAUUCAGAUGCAGGAUUGCUAUUAUGUUAUGUAUUUUGUGUUUUUAUGUUGUAAACCACCCUGUGAUGGUUGGUGGUGUAUAAUUUUAAUUAAUAAUAAGAGAAAAUAAGAAAAGUCUAAAGGGAUGUAUGUUGGGGGGGGGGAAUCUUAAUUUCACACAUAGGCUAAUGGGGUCUGAACUGGCACUGGUGAACCAAGAACAGGACCGUGGGGGUCACAGCAGGUAGUUCCAUGUAUUUGUCUUUACCUAGUGUGCAUCCAUGCUAUAGAUCAUUAGGAAAGGAAUUGGAAGUAAAACUACCAAUUUCAUAUUGCCAUUAUACAAAUCUAUGGUGCAACCAUACUUUGACUACCGGUCACUCCCCACGGAAAUGAUAUUUUAGAGUUGGAAAAGGGAAAGCAAUGUGAUCAAGGGAACAACUCCCCUAUGAGGCAAGAGUUUGGGGAGCUUUUUAGUUUAGUAAGAACAAUUCUACUUUUACAGUAACAAUAACAAUAAUCACAUUUGGCAGUGUCUAGAACCCGACCCCUUAGCCCAAGAUGCCACCAAAGAAGAAAAACACCAAACCGAAGAAGAAAGCCAAGAAGAAAGCCAAGGAUGCAGCCAAGGGGCAAACAAGUUCCUUGCCAUACGUCAGUGAGAGGGAGAUAUACCUGCAGAAGGAAUUUGAAACCUUGACAGAGCACAUCAAAACAUACACUCAGCGUGUGAGGAACUUUCAGUGGGAAAACGAGUUCCUGGACAAGGAAGCCCAAAAGAUCCGAGAUAUCAACAAAGUCUACAUCUCCUACAUAAACAGACGCACCCUCCGCAACCAGAACGCCAUCAUUUCUCUGAAUGACCAGAAUCUCUCAGACUUAAUCCAGAUCCGGAAGCAGAAGGCAAAGCUGACCACUGAGUACCAGGAAAAGGAGAGGGAUGUGAGGUCCCAGCUGAUAGAGAUGGAGACAAAGCUCUCCCUCGUGAACAAGGAAAUUGAAGCACUGCAGCCUUACCAGGAGCUGCAAUUUCAGCAGCUGACGCGGAUCCGGGACCUGGAGAAGGAGCUGCUGGUCAUGAAAGUGCUGCACACAGAGCAAAUGCACAAGCUCAAGAGUGAACAUGUACAGCAGGUGACAGACUAUGAGAUGCAAGCUCAGCUGAAGAUCCAGGCUCUGGCGAGGCUGGCUGAAAAGGAAGCAGUGCGCAGCCUCAUCCGGCACACUAAGCAGGUGAAAGCUGACAACCGGCGCCUGCGUCAUGAGCUUGUGGACCUCAUCAGAGAGGCCAAAGUGCUGAAAUCCCUUGUGCUUCACCUGAAGGCGCAGCAGCAGCUGCUGCUGCGAGAGCACCAGUACAGGCAAGACCUUGCCCGCUUGCGCAGGUGGCUUAGGCAUCGAGGGGCUCGGCUGCUCAUCCCCAGUGGCACCAGCUUCAGAUGUACCACACCGGUUAGGAGCAGAGUCAUUGCCACGCAGGAAAUCAGCUCCAGGUUUCUCACAGGCGGGGAACAGGUCCCAAGGUUGCAGCCAGGUGUCCAAGAGGCUCAAGAGAGCUUGCCUUUACUUAGGAUUCCCAGUGCCUCACUCCCUACAAAAUACCAGUGAGCUGGAGCUGGAGAUUGCAGCUUCCUGUUUCUCCUACUUUCACUACCAAGAAGGUAUAUGGAUAAGGUAACAUACCCCUUAAACAUGUUCCAGGGUCAAUCCUGUGCUGCAGGCAGUCCAGUCAUACAAGGUGCAUCUCAUGCCAACCAGGGUCCUCUUCCACAGAGCCAGCUAAGCCCCAGGCCCUGUGCAGCUGCUAAGCAUCCCUCACAUUGCCUUGAGAUGACACCCUUGGUCCCAGCACCUGGCCCCAGGGCUGAGUUGUCCCACUGCUACCAGGCAAGCACCCCGAGGGAUUGUGACUGCUGCUGAUUCCUCUCAGAGAGGCAAAGCCCAGGUCAACGGCCAAGUCAAGAUGGCAACAGAAAGGGGCAGAAGCAGUGCCAGGCACACAGCCCUCCUGUCAGCAGGGGAGGGCAGCAACAUCGCUGGUCUUUGUGCAGAGUUUUAAAUGUUUAGCUUGUUGGUUGUCUUAGUGUUAUUUUUGUUCUUACUGUUUUGUUCUUGUUGUAAGUUUCCUUGGGAAUUUUUGUGCUAAAGUGUGACACAGAAAUAUAUAAAAUAAAUGUCACUUUCCCA